AUGUAUCAUGCAAUGUUUGAUGCUUUUGUUAUGUCAGUUGACGACGGCGAUGAUGAUGAGGGCGGUGGUAGUGGUGAUAGCAGCGCGGGCGCAACGGCAACGGCGAUAAUGAUGUGGAUGACGGAAGGAAUGAAAGAAAAUUUUUUCAAUUUUUAUUUAGUUGUGUCAAUAGUUGGAGUGAGUAAUGUCAGUGUCUACGAUAAUGACGAUGAUGAUGUUGGUAAUAAAUACGCUGAUGAUAUUGCUGAUUGGAAAGACUUUUGGAGAUAA